AUGUUACGCACGCCCACGAGAACCAAGACUAGUUCAUUUGGAGGCUCACAGGUCGAUUUCCAGUUUCCACCUUCUGCAAUGGCCAUUCAAGACAAGUCGUCUGACAGCUUUUCAACGUCGAAUCACCAUUUAUUGAACUCCGAGCUCUUGAAGCGAGACAAUAUGUCGAACAUUUUCUCCGAUAGCUCUGCAGACAAUUCCAAUGGGAUAGAUAGCGGCAGUUAUUCUUUUGCUAAUAUUUCGGACAAUACGACAACGCGUAACCGUGCUCACAAUGGACCAAAAUUGUCACAGGCAUCAUCGUGGGGCUCGAGUGCCUCGGUUUCUCACCAGAAGUAUCCAACGACUUUGGCUCCAAGACCUAACAGUUGCGCACUCGACAAUCUGGAUCCUGGCUUUCCAUCAAUUCGAAAGUCCGAUACUGCAGCCUUUCUUCACAGAAAACGGUCUCACGAUAUACAAGGCCACCAAUCGAUCUCUACCGUUGCUUGUACCAUACCAACGGCAGAAAACAUCUCUUUCCAAAUAACGUUCGAGUCCAGUCCGAGCAAGGAAUCGCUUUUAACCGUGGGCAAGCCAGCACGGGUCGAACAAUCACAGUUAUCAAAUCGUAAAGAGAGUUUUAAGCCGGCCAGGGCGCCAUCGCGUAAGAAAAGUAUCACGUCCUACCGUUCACCUUCUAAACUGAAAAGGUCGGAUGCUAUCCGUUGCAAAGGUGGCUUGCUGCAGUUUUUCACACAAUUAGGAUGGCACGCCAAAACUAGAGUACGUCGCUGGAGGCUAGCCAUCAGAAAGAAACUUUUCACUUACAAGGCAAAAAGAUCGGCCAAAAAGAACCAAAAGCAGACUAGUUCCCACCUUAAAAGAGCCAAAAAUGGGUAUGUUUCCAAUAUCGAAAGAUCCAUUUCCAGCAACUCUAUAAAUAUAAAUUCCCGUGUCACAAGAAAUGCUAGCAAGCGCAGUACAGAGAAGAUCACUCGCGCCCAAACACCAUCCCAAACCACAUUGAGUCAAACUCAGAGUCCAUCGAAAACUACUCGGAACUCCCUUCGGCGAUCGCCUUCAUCUAUCAAAAGAGCAGCUUCGACUUUAACGCGCACAAGUACUUUUGCCAAUGCUACGAUAGGUGGUGACAAGCGCGACAGCAAUGAGCCGAAUUCCAAAACCAGGCUCGUUAGGUCUGACCGCUCCAUGUCUUUGAACUCAAUCGUUCGUCAACCCUCUAUUGUUGUGAGCAACAAAGUGAUACCUCUUUCCAAACUUAAUGGUGAAAUCAAUGACUUUAGCAUCAAAGAGGAGGAUGAAGAUGAAUAUGUCAUAGAUACCGACUACAUGAAAAGAAGUGACGACAAUCUCAGUUCAAGCUCGGAUCAGUCUUCAGGUGUCAACGACGAGGACUAUCAAGACACCUCUGAGCAGCCAUACGAUCAAGAAGCUCUUGAGCUUUCUCAUGAAAAGGUAACAGUGGCAUUGGAUGCUUGGAACCACUAUCUACGCGCGGUCGUGGCUCAGCGCAUCUCGACCAGGCUUCAGAUCCGUAAAUUUCAGCAUUCUGGCACCGAAGCUGAGUGCCAGAAACUCAUUGACGCCCUCAUUUCCGACUAUGAUGACAACUCUUCGAGUCGUUACGACAGCGAUCUCGAGACUGAGCUCACACCCAUGUCAUCAAUCAAUACCACGAACGAUGGGGUUGCCAGUCGCGUUGUUUCCGAUGUAGCUUCAAAGACAAAUGAAAGCAUACUAUCUUUCAAACCUUUGAGCACAGUUUUUCAUGGCAAUGUCAAAAGGUCUCUGACGCUACCAAUUGGACUUCGGGUGUAA